UCAUUUAUUUCAGAUGGAUUCAUGUCAAUGGCAAAAAGAAACACAGAAAAUGAAGAGAAGGAGAAAUGCUUGGUCGGAAAGUGCCAAAUUUAGUGUUUGAAAGUAUUGCAGACCAGGCCCCGUCAUCAAAUGAUACAUCGUUGCUGUCGCCAUGCUCUUCUCCACCGAUAGAUCCAAUAUCUACGUCGGAAGAUUCUGAAACACCUGCAAAAAAAAAAAAUAAAGGCAAUUUGAAUGACACCCUUUUGGAAAAAUUUCAGAAUCUGAUAGAUGUAGAGAACCGUCACAUCGAGCUGCAGGAACGCACAGACGCAAGGUUCCUGAUUUUAAUGGAAGAAAGCAAUGUUGCUUUAUCCCGUAUCGCGUCAUCAAUGGAAAGAGGUUUUCCAUAUACUCGGCUCACUGGUUACGAUGACUCCAGCGAUGAAUAG